AAACUCUUCCAGGGUGCUGGCUCUUUGUCUUGCGGCCUGGAGGCUAUCUGCCCUGGGGUUGGAGUGCACUUCCGUUAGCGCCGGGGUCAGUUUCCAUCAGAGGGGCUGAUGCGUGGGCCGCUUUUUGGGGAUCUUCUGAGUGGGGCCUUGGGGCCAGCAGCUUCGCCCCUCUCCCCAGACUCUUCCUGAGAAAACCAUGGGGGCAGGAGCGCUCACCAUCUGUCACCGCCGGGCAGCUGUGCACAUCAAGGAGGACAUGAAGCGGAUGGCGCAGCUGCCCCUGAUCCGGGCCAAGGCCCCCGAGGGGAGGGAGGUUUUCGGGGUGCCCCUGCCGGAGCUGGCGGAGGCCGGGAUGCUGAGGGACGGGGUUCCCCUGCCCGUCAGGACCAUGGUGGAGUUCCUCAGGGAGCGCGCUCUACAGCAGGAGGGGCUGUUCCGGGUCAAUGGUAACGUGCGGGCGGUGGAGGGGCUCAGACUCCGGUUCGAGAGUGGGGGGGGUGUGGACCUCCAGCAGGAGGGGGACGUGUGUACGGUAGCCAGUCUGCUCAAACAGUUCCUCAGAGACCUGCCAGGGGGCGUCAUCACCGCUACUGCACAGACUGCCCUGCUCCAACUGCACCAGGAGUGCGGUGGGGACCAGUCCAGGGCCAUGAAGGAGAUUCUACAGCAGUUACACAACCUUCACUACAACCUGCUGAAAUACCUGUGCCUCUUCCUCACGCAAGUGGAGUCUUGCCACCAGGACAACCGAAUGACGGCGCUCAACCUAGCCACCGUGUUCGGGCCCAACGUCUUCCAUGUUUCUCCAGGGUUUGAUGGGAUAAAGGAACAGACGUUGUGUAAUAAAAUCAUGGUGAAACUCAUCCAAAACUACAGCGCCAUUUUUGAGAGCGAUGUCAACCCUGAAGACCCCAAAGUGAAUGGGUUGGAACUCAUUGCUGUCAAGGAGGCUCAUGGGAACAGAGUGGAGCUGAGGUCACCUGGUACACCUGCUUCCAAGGGUGUGCACUCCAAAAAGGAAAAAGGCUGCACUGAGCACUCAGACUGAAAAUGUGGAUUCAGUUGGAGAAUCUGCCACAGAAAUCCUGACUGCCACCUCAAGGAAAAAGCAGUGUAACAAAACCAC